AUGCAUCUCAAAACCGCCCUCUUUACUGUUCUAUCUCUUUCUGCUUUCGCAAAGGCCUCUGUUAUCGAAAGCCGGGAUGCCAAUAGUGAUAUUCUGAACGCCCACAACUCUUUCAGAGCUCAACACGGCGCCGCUGCUCUACAAUGGAGCAAUACUCUGGCUGCCGCUGCUCAGAAAUGGGUCGAUAAGUGCCAAUUCCAGCAUUCGGGAGGGGCUGUUGGUCCCUAUGGAGAAAACCUCGCAGCUGGUACGGGUGGAUUCAACGGCGUUGCAGGUGUUAAGCUGUGGACUGAUGAAGCUAAGGACUAUGAUCCGAACAACCCCCAGCCAUCUCAUUUCACUCAGGUGGUAUGGAAGAACACGAAGGAAGUCGGGUGUGCUAUCAAGAACUGCCCGAACUUGUUCGACGGCAAGUUCCCGGACGCCCAGUUUUUGGUUUGCGAGUACAACCCUCCUGGCAAUGUUAUCGGCCAAUUCCCUCAAAACGUUCAGAAGUGA